AUGAGAAGUAAGAGUAUUCAUAACUUUAGUGCAGGACCUGGUACUAUGGCAAAAGAAGUUAUUGAAGCAACAGAAAAAGCAAUAAAUAAUUUUUGGAAUGGAGUUUCAAUAUUAGAAAUAUCUCAUCGAACAAAAGAAUGGAUUAAAGUGAUGAAAGAAACAAAAAGAAUGAUGAAAGAAGUAAUGGAUAUACCAGAAGGGUAUGAAAUAAUAUUUCUUGGAGGUGGAGCUUCACUUCAAUUUUUAAUGGUUGCAAUGAACUUAAUGAAUAAAAAAGCAUGUUAUCUUGAUACAGGAAUAUGGGCAAGUAAAGCAAUAAAAGAAGCAGAAAAUAUAGGAGAAGUUAAAAUAAUAGGAACAUCAAAAGAUAAGAAUUAUACAUAUAUUCCAGAAUAUCAAAUACCAAGUGAUUAUGAUUAUUUUCAUAUUACUACAAAUAAUACAAUUUAUGGUACAGAAAUAAGAGAAGAUAUUGAAUCUCCUAUUCCUCUUGUUGCAGAUAUGUCUUCUGAUAUUCUUUCAAGACCAAUUGAUAUUUCUAAGUAUAGUUUAAUUUAUGCAAGUGCACAAAAAAAUUGUGGAGCUGCUGGAGUUACUAUUAUUAUUAUCAAGAAAGAAAUAUUAGGUAAAGUUAAUCGAAAAAUACCAACAAUUCUUGAUUAUCAAGUUCAUAUUUUAAAUGAUUCAAUGUAUAACACUCCACCUGUAAUAUCUAUCUUUACUGUUAAUCAAACUCUAAAAUAUAUUAAGAAACUAGGUGGUUUAGAAAAGAUUAAACAAUUAAAUGAAGAAAAAGCUCGAUUAUUAUAUGCUGAAAUUGAUAGAAAUAAAAUCUUUAAAACAACAGUACUUAAGAAAGAUAGAUCAAUUAUGAACGUUUGUUUUGUAAUGGAAGAUCAUUACAACCAACUUGAAAAUGAUUUUUCUGAAUAUGCUUUCCAAAAUGGAAUAAUUGGUAUUAAAGGUCACCGCUCUGUUGGUGGUUUUAGAGCUUCAAUUUAUAACGCAGUUACAAUCGAUUCUGUUCAUGCAUUAAUUAAAUGUAUGCGUGAUUUUGAACAGUUACAUAUUCAUUAA